AUGGCGGAUAUUGUGAUAGUGUUCGAUUUCGACAAGACGAUUAUCGAGCUGGAUAGCGAUAAUUGGGUCGUCGACGAGCUCGGCGCGACUGAUUUGUUCAACGAGUUGCUUCCAAAAAUGCCUUGGAAUUUCUUGAUGGGUAUGGUUAUAGAGAAAAUGCAAGCUUCAAUAGCAAAUGAAGGCAGCAAAAGAAGGAUGAUAUAUUUGGGCGAUGGUGCGGGUGAUUUUUGCCCGAGCUUGAAGCUAAGAGAAACCGACUUCAUGAUGCCGAGAAAAGAUUUUCCCGUUUGGGAAUUGAUAUGCGAAAACCGAGAGGCUUUGAGAGCCGAAGUGCACGAAUGGGUUAACGGUGAAGAUAUGGAGAUAAUUUUGCUCGAGCUGAUUGAGAAGAUUAAGAAUAUUCAAGAAAACGAUGGCUUCAACUCGGUUCAAAUGCUAUCGGUUGAUUGCAAGCUUGAGACUGUAAUUCCAAUGGCGGCUUAUGAGGCUUCAUCAGUGGAAUAUGUAGUAGUUUAA